GGGGCGGAGUCCGCUUCCCUUAGCGCUGAGCGGCAGCGGCGGCGGCGAGGUCUUCUUGCAGAAGCGAACUUCUUGGCGUUUCGGCGCGGCUCUGCCUCCUGCUGAGCCUCUUCCUCCUCCUCUGCUCCGCGGACAGCUUCCUCCUCCUCAGACUGCCCUCAGCCCGCGCGCCAGCCGGCUCUGUUAUGGCGACCUGCAGCCCCAGCGUCGUGAUUAGUGAUGAUGAACCAGGUUAUGACCUAGAUUUAUUUUGUAUACCUAAUCAUUAUGCUGAAGUUUUGGAAAAGGUGUUUAUUCCUCAUGGACUAAUUAUGGACAGAACCGAACGGCUUGCUCGAGAUGUAAUGAAGGAGAUGGGAGGCCAUCAUAUCGUAGCCCUCUGUGUGCUCAAAGGGGGCUAUAAGUUCUUUGCUGACCUGCUGGAUUACAUCAAAGCACUGAACAGAAAUAGUGAUAGAUCUAUACCUAUGACUGUAGAUUUUAUCAGACUGAAGAGCUACUGUAAUGAUCAGUCAACAGGGGAAAUAAAAGUUAUUGGUGGAGAUGAUCUCUCAACUCUGACUGGAAAGAAUGUCUUGAUUGUUGAAGAUAUAAUUGACACUGGCAAAACAAUGCAAACCUUGCUAUCCUUGGUCAAGCAGCAUAAUCCAAAGAUGGUCAAGGUUGCAAGCUUGCUGGUAAAGAGGACUCCUCGAAGUGUUGGCUAUAGACCAGACUUUGUUGGAUUUGAAAUUCCAGACAAGUUUGUUGUAGGAUAUGCCCUUGACUAUAAUGAAUACUUCAGGGAUUUGAAUCACGUUUGUGUCAUUAGUGAAACUGGAAAAGCAAAAUACAAAGCCUAAGAUGAGCAUUCAAGUUGAAUUUGGAAACAUCUGGAGUCCCAUUGAAAUAACCAGUAAAAUUAUCGAAUGUUCUAGUUCUGUGGCCAGCUGUUUAAGUAGAGCAUAUUGCAUGUAUCUUCUAAGAAUUGUAUCUGUUUUGUAUUUUAGAAAUGUCAGUUGCUGCAUUCCUGAACUUCUUAUUUGCACUAUGAACCUAUAGACUAUCAGUCCCUUUGGGUGGAUUAUUGUUUGACUUGUGAAAUCUCUUAAACCACACUAUUGAAUGAAAAACUGAAAUUGUAUCUGUAAGAAACAUUUAAAAAGAAGAUAUAUUAGUUUUUUAAUUGGUAUUUUAAUUUUUAUAUAUUCAAGAAAGAACAGAAGUGAUUGCAUAUUGUUAAUUAUACCACUGUGUGUUUAGAAAAGUAAGAAGCAGUUUUCUUAUCAAUGGUAGCAUCUAAGAGGUAUUGUCAUGUCAGGGAAACCAUACAUCCUGGUAUUAUUUUAGUAGUGUUUCAGAGUAUUGACUGUUUUCCCCUCUUGUUCAGAUUAUUUCCAGUGAAUAUUUGUCAACAGUUCUUUUAAAUACAAAUCAGUAAAUUUCAAAAAAAACCUUACCACUUUUUGAAUUCCUCAGUGUAAAAAUCCUUGAAAUAAAGGCUGUCUCUUUAAAAGAAA